UAUAUAUAUAUAUUAUAUGUGUGUGUCAGUGGUGUCAUAGCAUCCGUGUAAAAGUGACCCUGGUUGCUAUGUAUGCAUUUGAGUUUAUAUCAGUAAAAGUAAGUUGAUUUGUUUCUAUUCUCAAACUCAACAUAACAUCCAUGGCGGAAUCAACAAAAAGGUAUGCGGUUGUGACAGGUUCAUAUAGAGGAGUUGGACUUGGAAUAGUGAAGUUGUUAGCGUCUGAGGAAAUCACAGUAGUUUUAACAAGCAGAGAUGAGAAGCGGGGACUUGAAACUAUGGAGAAGCUCAAGGAGGAGUACUCCACCCUCUCUCAAAACAUUGUCUUUCAUCAGCUUGAUGUUACAGACCCUGCUAGUAUUGCUUCUUUGGCUGAUUUUAUCAAAUCCAAAUUCGGAAAGCUUGAUAUCUUGGUGAACAAUGCAUUUUGUAGUGGAGGUAAAGUCAUCGGUAAUCCUAUUCCGGACCCUAAUACGUUACCGGAUGCUUGGUAUAUAGACUCGAGUAAAAUAAUUGAAACUCAUGAGUUAGCUGAAGAAUGCAUCGAAACCAACUAUUAUGGUGCCAAAAGAAUGGUUGAGGCACUCAUUCCCCUUCUCCGGCUCUCUGAUUCACCAAGGAUUGUUAAUGUUUCUUCCAUUGGAGGCCAGCUACAGUACAUGACAAACAAGUGGGCUCUGGAAAUAUUCAGAGACAUCGAAAAUCUUACAGAAGAAAGAGUGGAAGAUGUGUUGAGGGAGUUUCUUAAGGAUUUUGAAAAUGGUGUGAUAGAAAUCAAUGGCUGGCCAGUUAGACCGUCUGCAGCUAAAAUAUCCAAAGCAGCUCUGAAUGCUUACACAAGAAUUUUGGCCAACAACUAUCCAACUAAUUUCUGUAUCAAUUGUGUUUGUCCUGGACCUGUGAAGACUGAUAGGUCCUUGCAUCCAGUAAAUCGAACUAUUGAAGAAGGUGCUCAAGGUCCUGUGAAGUUGGCAUUGCUGCCUAAUGGUGGUCCUUCUGGUCUCUUCUUUACGGAGAAAGGAUUGUCAACCUUUUAACUAGAAAACCAUGAGCUGAUGGUUCAUUUUAGUAGUUUGAUGGUUCAAUCUAUGGAUACUAAAAUAUUAAUUACUAUAAUAUUAUUCCCACUUCACCGGCCGCCACUCA